AUGACGGACAAAUUCUGCAAUGCUCUAUUGCGAACCACGGCGUUGCAGAUUCUACAAUCAGCAGGCUUUGAUUCGGCACACGCGGAUCCUACCAACAUUUUGACUGAUGUCUUGAGUCAAUAUCUUCAGCUGCUUGCCAGCACUUCGAUGGCGUAUGCUCAACUUGCCGGAAGAGGCACCAGCAAUGCAUGGGAUGUUGUGGAUGGUCUUGACGAACUCGGCUUGACUGUGGACAGCUUACGAGAUUGGUUGGAUGAUGAGGGCAAAGCCUUAGCACCAAGUUGGUCAGAGCAAUCAGAUCCUGGACGUACAUUGGAUGCUGUGGUGAAGAAUGGAAGGAAUCAACAUCAGGAUGUCCUUGUGUAUGAAUACACCGAUGAUGAAGAAAGGUUAUAUGAUCAAGAUAGCAGCGAUGAUGAAGAAGAAGAAGAAGAAGAGGAACAACAACCUGUUACUUCACCCAUACCCAUCAACAAUGACUUGCCCGAGUAUGUGCCAUCUUAUUUCCCACCAUUCCCUACAUCCAUCAACAAGCAAGACGAGCCACCACAACCCACCACAGGUCCAACUUCAGUCCUUGCAGCACCAACACCAGCACCACCUACAGCAGCAGCAACAGCAUCUCAACAACAACAACAACCACCUAUAUCCACAUCGGGUGCACCCGCUCCUAUCAUUGUACGCAGUAGGAAAAGAGCGAUCGAUAAUCCCUUUACACAUGUGGUGCCUUUUGAAGAAUCAGCACUUGCAGCAUCGGCAGCAGAAGGAAGUGGAGGUGCAUUAUCAUUGACUUUGGAUGAAGAGAAUGAGCGUCAAUCGACACCAACGAAUGAAGGACGUAAUGGUGACAAGAAACGACGACGUACAGCGUUGAGCACGAUUCCAAUGAAGAAUGCAGUAGGAUCAUUGACCGACAAGGAGAAUCCAUUGUUGAAGCGUAAAGCACGUGAUGAGCUUAUUGGUAACCAUGCCAUGUUCAGACGCAUGACACAAAAUGAAGCAGCACCUGGCAACACCAUGUUUUCUUCACCCACCGGCGUAUUGGCUGAAUUACUUCAUCGUGUCGCCCCACCCACCCUGGUAUCCAAGUUAUCGGCUCCCAAUUUAUUGGUCGAUGUAGCAUCAACAACAACAACUAAUACUCAACCUGCAACAUCAACACAAUCAUCAUCUCAACAACAAUCACAACCUUCUUCUUCUUCCUCCAAUGGAAAGGAGCAACCUUCUCGAUCAUCAUCAGGAUCCAUGUUGGCAAGUUUGGCUGGUGGACAGUAUAAUCGUAAACAAUCAAACGUCGAAGAGUUAGGAUCUUCACCUCCUGUAACAACAACGACAACGACAACAACGGCUACUACAACAAUGGCUACUACUCCUACUACCUCUACUACACCCACUACUACUACUACCGCUACUACUACCACACCCGCCACAUCCACAGCGGCCGCUGCCACCACCUCCACGAGUACACUUACACCCAUUUCAUUGGCAUCACUUUCAGCAGGACAUGAGCCAUCAUCAUCACAACAACAACAACAAAAACAAAAACAAUCCUCCUCCUCAUCGUCAACGAAAAAGAAAUUACCCAAAUUGACACUUAAUUUGUCCAACAACAAUGAUGCACCCGCAACAACAACGACGCCUUCAACCGCUGAAAGCACACCUACUUCACUCAAUACACCAAAGAUCCGUUUCAAGAUCAAGCCACCGGAAGAUACCUCUGCUCCUUCUACACCCAAUGCACAAUCUUCAUCCUCUCCACCACAGGCACGGCCUUCUUCUUCAUCGUCAUCCACGCCUGCAUAUGAGUCUGAAACGAUUCAGAUCACUGAUCCUAUUACGACGACGACGACUACUCCUACUGGAACGGCUCCUGUUGAUAUUAUGCCACCGGAUGCUAGUGGUGAAAUUGUGCAUUGUAUAUGUGAGAACCCAACGGUGGAUUACGGUACAUUCAUGAUUGCAUGUGACAAGUGCGGUGUCUGGUAUCAUGGUACUUGCGUAGGCGUAGCAGAAAGUGAUCAAGUAGAAGAAUGGUAUUGCAGAAAUUGCACGUGA